ACCGCACACGCACCAAAAACCCUUUUGUUUAUACAAGUGGCAAAGUGAGAUUAGGUGAGAAUUCAGGUUAUAAACGCUGUUGAAACUACCACCCCAAAAAAUGGAAACUAGAUUUUUUACAUCACUGGUUAGAGAACAACCUACAGAAGACGGAGAGAUACAUUUUGAGUGCUGCGUUUGGAUUUGGGAGUCGCAAAAUCGGAAAGACCAACACUUAUUUGUCAAUAACGCGAUAUCACGUUGAAAUAAAUUGCGCGAGAGGGGGAAUUAGGUUCUGUUUAAACGAGCACAGCAACAAACAAAAAAAGAAUCUGGGAAUACGGUGUAUAUCACUGGUUAGAGGACAAUUUGUAGAAUACCGCUACAUUUUGAUUCAAGUGGGUCGCCAUCUGGGUUGUCCAUUGGUCGUUGAGAUACAGCUAUGGUCUGCAUUCCCUGCAUCAUCAUUCCCAUUCUCUUGUGGGUGUAUAAGAGGUUCCUUGAACCCAUCAUUUACCCCUUCAUGGGUCCAAUUAUAAGCCGAUUUUGGCCAACAACAAAAGCUGUCCAGGAGAGUGUGACAGGAACUGGUGAUAUGAAAGCCAGUGAAAAGAGCAAUGGAUGCCCAGUGAUGAGCGAUGGAGCAUGCAAGAACGAAGUCAAUGGUCUGGUUGCUAAUGGGGCAGGUGCAAAUGGAUCAGCUACUGCAGUCUCUGACAAGAAGACUGACUGACAUUUCACUUUACACCUUAAGUUAUAUUUAUCACUGUGAAAGUGUUUUAAUCCAAUAUGGAGAAAAAACCUAAGUUAAUCAUUAUUUUAUGAAGUUGAGUAAUGUAGAAUUGUUUAAUGCUGGAUUUAACAUAGCAACACAUACUUUACAUUUUCCAUAAUGCUCAUUACAAUUGAUUUGAGAGAUUGAUUUAAAGUUGGUCUUUUGAAAUGUUUGCAUUGUAAUUUCAGGAAUUGUCCAUAAUAUAUUUGCAGAAAUAGUGACAUUUUUGUGUUUCACUGUGUUGUGAUUGGCUGUGAUAUUCGCCUAUUCAUUCCUCCCACUGGAGCAGCAUCUGUUGUCAAAAUGUGAAAGCUGUUCUGUCUUUGUGGCUGUGUUAUCUAGUGGUUUCCUGGUUGCUAAAAUUCUACACUGUUCACUCAAUUUCAAUUUAUGUCACAAAACGAGCACUGAAUGGUGUAGGGAAACAUUGUAUGAUCUAAAUCACUGUGAAUGAUCUUUUCAAUAACAAUAAAUAUUGUUGUUACUGCUGUUUGAAGCCGGUGGACCAUAACUAAAUGUAACUUUUGGUGCUGGUGGACCAAAACCUGUGGUCCAAUGCCACAAAGUCAGAACAUUUUGACAACAGAUGCCUGUCUGGUGGGAGAAAUCAAUAGGCGACUAUCACAGCCAAUCACAAGACGGGAGGGUAAGUAAUACUAUGGAACACUAUCAUUCCACUAUUAUUGGCAAAUAUAUUAUUGACAUUUACUGAAAUUACAAUGGAUUUAUAUCUUUUUUAAAUCCUAUGUGUAGCACCUUUAAUACAUUAAUAGUAUUUCUGCCUUUGGUUUAUCAAUCUUGAAUCCCUGAUGUGUUUAUAACAUGCAAUACCUAGUUCUGUAUGGUAUUUAGUACAUAUUAUAUUUUAUAAUUCUGAAAUAAAUUAUCAACAAUUUAAAAAAAAUUGACAUCUUUCCUGUUUUAAAACAUUAUUUUUCUUCUACUUUAUGUGCAAUGUAGAAAUAAAGCUAUAUGGAUUACUUUGA